CCUAAAGCCGUGCGUAAUUUCUCUUUUCACUGCUUUUGCCGCAACGUCCAUCUGUCCCUGUCUGACAUGUCCUGAACGAGAGGAAGAAAUCUGCUGGACACAAAUGCCUUUUGAGACGUUUGUUUUGAUUAACAUGGGAAUGAAAUUGAAAAUUGUGCAGAGAAAGACUUCUGAUAGACAUACAAGAUGAAUCUGUCAGAGAAAAUUCAUCCUCAGCUGGAAGCUCUGUUCUCUAUCUCCUCCUUCAACUCCUCAUUCAACUCCUUCCUGAACUCCUCAUUGUCCCCAGACAAGAACAAGCCCAAAGCCUGUGAGCAGUUGCACAUUGCCACAGAGGUCUUCCUGACCUUGGGCAUCAUCAGCCUGUUGGAGAACAUCCUGGUCAUCUGCGCCAUCGUGAAGAACAGGAACCUACACUCCCCCAUGUACUUCUUCGUCUGCUCCCUGGCUGUGGCCGACAUGCUGGUGAGUGUCUCCAACGCCUGGGAGACCAUUGUCAUCUACCUGCUGACCAAUCGACAGCUGGUCGUGGACGACAGCUUCAUCCGCCAGAUGGACAACGUCUUCGACUCCAUGAUCUGCAUAUCAGUGGUGGCAUCCAUGUGCUCCCUGCUGGCGAUUGCCGUGGACCGCUACGUGACCAUCUUCUAUGCGCUGCGCUACCACAACAUCGUGACGGUGCGCCGCGCCGGCUGCAUCAUCGCCGGCAUCUGGACCUGCUGCACGGGCUGCGGCAUCGUCUUCAUCGUCUACUCUGACACCACGCCGGUCAUCGUCUGCCUGGUGUCCAUGUUCUUCGCCAUGCUGGUGCUCAUGGCCUCUCUGUACAUCCACAUGUUCAUGCUGGCGAGGUCCCACGUGAAGCGUAUCGCCGCCCUGCCGGGCUUUAACUCCGUCCACCAGCGGGCCAGCAUGAAGGGGGCCGUCACCCUCACCAUCCUCCUUGGGAUCUUCGUCGUGUGCUGGGCGCCCUUCUUCCUCCACCUUAUCCUGAUGAUCUCCUGCCCCAGGAACCUAUACUGCGUGUGCUUCAUGUCCCACUUCAACAUGUACCUGAUCCUCAUCAUGUGCAACUCUGUCGUUGACCCCCUGAUCUACGCCUUCAGGAGUCAGGAGAUGAGGAAGACCUUCAGGGAGAUCCUCUGUUGCUAGGGCCGUGGGGGGAAACGCCCAGUGCAGAGCCUCAUAUGCAUAUUCCACUUCUCAGAUGUACGCUACGCUGUCUGACCGUGUUGCGUAUGUUUGAUACGCUGUCUAAGUGGACUGGCUAUUUGUGUCGUGCUUAGUGUACAACAUGUGGAACCUUUGAGAUCUUUACUCAGAACCAUCAGGAUAUCGAGACCGAAAAGGAGUUGAGAAAUGCUGGAUCUACAGCCGCUCCAAAACAUGAACCUGCCCAUUUGGCCAUCCAGACAAGCCUAAGUAGAGUUUAAAGUACUUAAGUGUUUCAAUGUUUUAGCGAUGGAAGGGAGGGUAAGGAUUCAUGUAAAAAGACUGUGUAUGUUCUGAUGCUGUUAGGUCAGUAAUGCCGUGUAAUCUCUGUGUAUCCAUAAGAUGAUUUGUUAAAUUACAGUGUCAUUUCUUAUUCUAAAUGUUACCUCAUCUUGUGCUUUUGUGAUGUUGUUUCUACAGCCAUUCCACUGAAAAAUCCUGUGUUGUAAAAUGCUUAGGUAUAUAUUAAAAUUUUUACCAUGGGUUAAUUUAGUAUUUAUUUAUUUAUCCAACAGAGUAACACUUGACAUUGUUGUCCAGGCAAUUUGGUGGUCUUUUCAGAUGUCUUUUGAUUUACUUCUAGACCCCCAUAUUAAGGUAUACAGAAUGUACCAGUUGCUAUCUUCCCAAUUAACAUUUUCUAAAUAUUAAUCAAACAAUUCAAGGAAUUAAGUCACAAAAAUAAGAUUUGACAUUAGACACAUUACUUUGUUGACGGAUCACGGAUAAACCUAGAUAUUCCAAACCUAGCACUUUGUUCCAGAUCUUCACUUCUGUGUUGUUCAAUAAAGUGCAGAAGAAAACAUGCUGAGUUACGGAUCCAGAAUCUUUCACACUCGCUGGACUUUAGUGUCUUGUAGAAAAUUAGUGUCUCAUAGAAUAUUAUUUUUUUUUGUAGGUUUUUAAUGCUUUUAUGGGAGGGUGAUUCAAACGUGUUUUCAAGCAUUUAGGAGGACAGGGUUGAGAGGAAGGAGAAUCAAGUGUGGAACAAAGAAUUGGGAAGAUAGUGACAGAGGACAGAGGACGAGAGGCAGAGAGAGAGACUGAGUGAGAGUGAGAGACUGAGUUAGGGUCACACUGGA